AUGGCUUCCAAGCGCAUCCUCAAGGAGCUCAAGGACCUGCAGAAGGAUCCACCUACGUCCUGCAGCGCUGGUCCGGUUGCUGAAGACAUGUUCCAUUGGCAAGCAACAAUUAUGGGUCCGGCUGAUAGUCCCUAUGCUGGAGGUGUUUUUUUGGUUACCAUUCAUUUUCCUCCGGAUUAUCCUUUCAAGCCUCCUAAGGUUGCAUUCAGGACUAAGGUCUUUCAUCCGAACAUUAAUAGCAAUGGGAGUAUUUGUCUUGAUAUCCUCAAGGAGCAAUGGAGCCCUGCACUGACCAUCUCUAAGGUACUGCUUUCUAUCUGCUCAUUGCUGACUGAUCCAAAUCCUGAUGACCCGCUUGUACCAGAGAUUGCUCACAUGUACAAAACCGACAGGACCAAGUAUGAAGCAACUGCGCGAAGCUGGACUCAGAAGUAUGCCAUGGGCUGA